UGUUAGUGUUAUGUGGUAAAUUGUGCAUUACAGUGUUUAAUAAUAAAUACCCGCACCGGUAUUCAAAAUAAACCUUUGCUGUGCUUAGCUAAAAAUGAUUUGUUAUUAAACUAGUUUUUAAUGUAAAAAAAAAUAAUUAAACUUAAGUUAAAAUAGUGUAGGUAACAUACUUUUAACAUUUUAACUGUUAGAAAUGGCAUCUGGUCAUUCAUCACACAAAAGCCAUUUAGGCAACACAAUUUCGCUAUGGCAAAAGCGAGCCAAUGAACACCAAGAGAAACAACUGAUGAAUCCAUUUUCUGAAUGGAGUGGAGCUUCUCACAAACCAGUUUUAGACAAAAGUGAUCCUAAAUAUGGUCACCCAGUUGAAGGCUCUAUGACUGAAACCAGAGGCAUCCAGGCUGGCCAACAUAUCAGUGCAGAAAUUGUGGAACUAUGUCAUGUUAUUAAAGAUCUCGGUAUGAUUUUCAUUGGCCAUCUAAAGUUUUGCUUAACACAUCUGUACAUAUUGUCCGAUAACUUACUGGUUAGUUUAAUCUUAGGAUUUAUGACAGAUUUUCCUAAGAAAUUCCUAAAUUUUACACUCAUUUUGCUAAAUUAACUUUUUAAAAUCAUUUCCUUUUGCUUUCUCACAUAUUUCCAAUUUCUCUAUCAAUUUCCUGAUACUGCAAUAUGCUUGAUUUGAUUUUGUUCUUUUUCCUAAAUUAAUACAUGAGACCCACUGAUUUUGGAUGAGUUACCAUACAAAUCUUUUUUUUUUUUCAUUCACACCCUAGGUGUGUGCAAUAGAAAGUAACUAUUUUUUUUCUUUCUUUACAAUUUAUACAUCCAAUCCAAUACCUUAUUAAAAGUGUAAAGAAAAAAAAAAGGGGGGAGAAAGAGAAUUUGUGUUGUGUUUUUCAAACAAAUGUUUAUCUUUGGCAGAUUUAACAGACAAAAAUUAUGAUUUUAUUUUGUCAAUGGGCUCAUAUUUUAUUUAUUUUUUACUUCCUAUACUUUUUUUCAGGCACUCCUAUCUCUGCUGACAGUGAUAGCUACAGUAUUAAAUUUGGACAUUUAUUUGAAGCCUACACAAAAAUCUCUAACAAACUGGUUGGUAUGCUACUACGGGCAAGGAAGCAGGGAUUGGUAACAUUUGAAGGAGAAAUGUUGUACCAAAGGAGAGAUGACAAUGUUAUUAUUACAUGUUUAUCUGUUCCAGAAUUCUGAAGAACUAAUUUUAAUUCACUAACCUAACUGAAAACCAAAGCUUUCAAACAAAACCCCUUUAAUGUCAUGAUGAUAUUCAGAGGACUGGUGUGCCCCUAAAAAAUACUGGGAUAUUAACUCAUUGGUGCUACAACUACUUGAACAAGAGGGCAAAAGACAUGUAUAAAUCAUUUUAGCAUGUUUUUUAAUUUAAAUAUUGAAUGAUCUUGACACUGUCUGCAAAGUGCUAUAAUGUGCAUUGAUCAAUACAGAUAACACUAUCCAUUUUUUCCCCCCUCUGGUAUUAACAAAGUGUGUGAAUUAUUUUUGAACAAAGACGUAAUCUGUGAUAUGCUUUUCUAGAACGUACUUUACCCUUUAUUUUCAUUUUAACUAUUUAACUUAUUUGAAACCAUUUAAUUAUUUUAUACAUUUUUAAAACAAGUUUAAACUUACCAGGUACUUAGAAUAAUCCAAAAAUCUUUGAGACUAAAAUUAAUUUUGUUGACUUUUUAAAAUAUCUGAACAACACUUAUGGCCUUGUCUUUAGUUAAUUCCUCAUAAAAAGCCCAGUUACUUUACUCUCUAUUUAUAAUGUGUGGUAAUAUACUAUGGUGACUUAGAAUUUAGCAUCUUGUGAAACUUACAUUAGAAAGUGAGUUUCUUAUCUGUAUGCAACCCCGUUAAUUUUAUUUUCAUUACUUCAUUAAGGCAAUACAAGUUUAUUUUGCAUUACUGGUGCUCAACAUUAUUUGUUGAUUCAUGUAAAUUAAUGCUUGUUAACUUCUAUAAAAAAUGUUACAUUUUAAUGCAUAAAGAAUUAGGGUGCUACUUGCAUUAGCAAGUUUCAAAAUAUUAAUUGUAAAUAAAUAGCUGUUAAAAAUAAAAAGCUUUUAUUUGAAUGAACUAAGAGGUCUUUGUUAUUUUUUUCAAUACCGAUACAUCUUAAAGACUUGAAAAAUAAAUAUCAGUUUAGAAAACAAUUACAAUUAUUAGUUAUGGCACGGUUACAGUUGUAUAUUUUGCGAGGGCAAUAAAAAAAAGAUCUUUUGGGGAAAUAAUUAAUGGUCAAAAAUAAAAUGCAUGCUGUACUGCUUACAAACUUCUAUAAUCAUAUUGAUAAUUUAAGAUCUAAUAUGCUCCCCCACCUUUUUUUUUAAAAAAAUGAAGAAUAAAAAAAUUCAAGGAUCAAUU